GUUCUAAUGAUGACACUUAAUAGGACCUGUCUUCUCUCUUAUUCUGCCCAUCCCUUGAAGUCAUAAAAUGUGACCGCCCAGCAUAUUUCUGUUUGCAAUACUUGUUUGGCUUCUUUCAUGGUUCAAGGUAUAGUAAUAUUUGAAGCAGGUGACAGGGACUCACUUCUUCAGUGGCAGAACACCAGAGGACUUCGCCUUGAGUAUCAUCCAAGGGUAAGAAAAUUGAUACUAUCCUAUAUUCACUUCAUUCACUCUAUUAUAGCACUUAUAUUUGUAGGCUUUAAUAUUUUCUUGCAACAUUUCCUACUUAUAUAUGAAAAGAUACAGAUACAGACACACACAAACACACAUACUUAUCUUUUAUAUAUAUAUAUAUAUAUAUAUAUAUAUAUAUUGAUUGAUUGAUUAUAGAUAUGUGAUAAAUGUAUCAUAUAUAUCACAUAUCUAUAAUCAAUAGCCAUGCCAAUAAUCAAUAAAUAUUACACAUGGCUAUUAUAAACAUGCAUAUUGUUAAAGUACAUUGAUUGCAAAAUAAUUUGAUUUACUAUUAUUUAAAAAGAAAUCUAUUUAAAAAACAAAUACUAAGUCUUAGUAUUUCAACGUCAUCAGACAGUGUAUUUUUAAUCUCUAGAUGUAUAAUUACUGGAUUAGCUACACCAUGCUUUGAGUUUUCCUUAUGCUUUUAAUCAGGUGUGUGACACUUUAAAAGCUAUUUCAAGUGCAGAGCUAGGGAAUAUUUCCUCUUAUUUGGAUGGUUUACAAUUCAUAUUAGCAUGAGAUUUUAAGUUAGGGAAAAACUGUUUUGCCAUAACUUACUGAAAGGAUUGUUAUUGUAAAACAAGGCUCCCUGGGGCAAUUAAAAGUAAUAGACAUUUAUUCAAAGUAAAUAUACUUCCACAUGGUGCAUCCAUAUAUUGUGUAUUGGGGAGAUACCCACAGAGUUUAUAAGAUUUACUAUAAGUAAAGUAUGAUCCUGGCAUUGCUGUAUAAUAGCUUCAGUAGCAGAUGGCAUAGUUGGUUUUAAACAUGCACUAUAAGGAUUAGGAGGGUAAAGUUAAAAUCGUAAACCAAUGGGUAUAUUAGAAAUAUGUCGCUAACAGAAAAGUUCGGCAAGGUUCUGAGAGUGGAGCAAUCACUAUGCAAACCAGUGGAAUCUGCAGGAAUAUGACUGGUCCCCUUUCUAAAACAUUUGUUCCACUUUUCUAUCAGUAACACUUAACUAAAUCCUCCUAUAAAAUCAGUAAUUAAGCCAUUAAAUUAAACAAUUAAAAGUGGGAAAAUGUUCGUGAACAUUUAUCACAGAUACAAACCUUUCCUGAUGAGGCACUUUUCCAACAAGCGUUGAGUUUGAACCAUCAAUCUAUAAAUUUUUUUUAUAUUUUUUAAGUAUCCAUGAACCCAUUUGUAUAAGUUUCAUUGCAUCGAGGUGAAACAUAGAAACAUAGAAUGUGACGGCAGAUAAGAACCAUUCGGCCCAUCUAGUCUGCCCAAUUUUCUAAAUACUUUCAUUAGUCCCUAGCCUUAUCUUAUAGUUAGGAUAGCCUUAUGCCUAUCUCAUGCAUGCUUAAACUCCUUUACUGUGUUAACCUCUACCACUUCAGCUGGAAGGCUAUUCCAUGCAUCCACUACCCUCUCAGUAAAGUAAUAAAGUAAUAAAGUAAUGUAAAGUAAUAUCUAAUCCCCCCCUCCCAUCCUUUUUCUUUUUACUUCUUAUUUUGCUGUUAACAAAACAUGUUAGUGGAUAUUGUUAUUAUGACAUUAUAACGAUGCAAAACAUUGAUUGAACAAAUAUCUCGUUCUGUAAGGUAGACUUGAAAUGUAGACUGACUGGUUUCUUUUGUCCCUUAAGCAAAGAAUGAAAAAAAACGAAACAUCAUCAUUUUUAUAGCUCAUCUUAUUGGUUAUGUCACUGUAGGUCUAUGGGCUCUAUUUUGUAAAUUAUUUUGUAAAACCACUUUGGAGAUUUUUGACUAGGAACAUGGCUCUUGUUGGCACCGACAGCCUGCUUUCAAUAUUUCUGAUAGAACUUUGUGGUACAUUGAAACAGAAUUAUGAAAUCUAAGGAAAGAUUGCCGAAUUGGAAAAAGAAAAAAAAAAUCUCCAACUCUGCUUUAGUCACAGAUUAGACUUUUAAAAAAACAACUUUAUCUUGUAAGUGACGUGACCAUAUGACCAAAGCAUCGGAGUACACAUGCUCAAAUUGAAUAACUAUUUAACAGUAAACCAAUACUAGAGUACAAAAAACAAGCAAAAAAUGUGAAAAAAAUUAGAAGGAUAAAAAAAUGAAAAUAUAGAAAUUGGAGUACCUGAGAAUGGGAGCGGGGUAGUCAUUAAAACCUCACAUGUUGUUGUUACCCUUACAUGGAUGUAUUAUACAUACUUUGUAUAAAUGCAGUGAAUGCAGUGUUCACACUUAGUUAACAGUAGAUCUGUGGGAACAUUUGUCAUUAAAUUCACUGCAUAAUAGUGUGGUUUUUAAAAAGUAAAUAUUCUUUUGUAGGUAUGUAUUUGUUUCAUCGGCUGCUGUAAAAUAUGCAGUUAGUUUCAUUUUAUUUUUUGUGAGAUUGUUGGGAUACCUCUUUUCAAGAAAUUUAUCAUUUCUAUUUAAUUUUUGGAAUGUAAAAUCACCCUCUGUUUCUUAUAAAAGGUUAUUUAGACAAUGUACUUGUCAUUCCAAUAUGUUUUGAUUUGGAGAGACUAGAUGCAAAUACCAGCAAUUAAAUAACUGACACAGAAUUCUAAAACAAUGAUGGGUUAUACAAUUUGUCAUGACCCAAAUUAUCAGUCUCAUAGUUUAAUGUGAAUAGAAGACCCCCCAAUCUGGAAUUUAUGUACUUGCAUAACCAGUGGCGUACACACAAUCCAUGGGGCCCCGGUGCAAAACUGAUCCAUGGGUCGCGCUGUUACCGGGCCCAGUUUGAUGAUAUUAAUUUCCAUCGGGUGGCCCUAACAGCACGGGCCACCAGAUGGGCCCCUUCACGUGCGGCCCAGGCAAUUAUACCGCAUGGUCAGGGCCACAACACAUGGUGGUGGGCACCCGGUUGCAGGGGUCCGCAGAGCGGCCGGGCCCCCUGGAUAUUGUAUGUACGGCACUGUGCAUAACUUUAAAAGGGCUCAAAAAAUAUGUUAUCCAAGAAUAUAUACCAGCAAGCAAUCCAAAGAGAAUAGAAUGGCUGGUAGUACAGAUAGUAUCUACUAAGAUUUUUAACAGUGAUUUUAAUACAUUUUCCCCCAAACACUUUCCUUUGAGCCAAGUUCUCCGACGCACAACUAUCAGUGAGGUAUCUCAUAUGUAAUAAAUAUGGCUGCAUGUCAUUGUUGAUAAUGGCAUCUUCGAAGUUUUGAAACUGUGUAUACUUACAUUUAUUCCACAGUGAAUGCAGUUAGUCCGAGCCGGAAGGGUUUAAACCUCCAUGUACAUUGUACAGGACGCUACAUCUAUAUAGAAAUAUUAGCUUUUCAGAGUCAAACUUGAGAAUAAUUAAUGAUAUUAUAAAAAGUACAGGCUUGCCCUGUUUGCACGCUACAUAACAGUGUCCUAGACGGGUUAUUUACUAAAUUGAGAAUCCAGAGAGAAUUAUAAUUUUACAGUCAAAAUAGCCAUACUGGAAAACUUUUCAAAAUCGGCUACCAUAGCCUGAAAUUUUAAAUUAAUUUUAAAAUCCGUUUAAACUCUCACUUUAGCAAAUAAUCCUGCAAGAUUUCUUCUGAGUAGAAGGGUAUAUAUUAAUUCAUUGGAAAGUACAAAUACUAAAUUGAAUUCAGGACUAAUGGAUUCAGGACCCCAGUAGAACAUUUUUUAGACUUAUGCUUAUAUUUAGACCUCACCUGUAUAAAGCAUGAGCCUAAUUUCUAUUCUUAUAUGACGGAUGGGUGGGGUGUGUUGGUAAGUGAAUAUCAAGAUGCACGUGACAGAGAAUCUUCAUGCAGAUAGCUCAGGUUGGCCAGAAAUCUUAGAGUGCAUGAACAUAGGUCUGUUUUAAUUUUAGGUUAGGUGGAGCAUCUUGUAUUUUUAGAAUGCUAAAGAGAUUUAGUGAGUCAUAGCUUGGCACAUGUUGUACAAUUACAUUGGUUUAGGCUGCUCCAACUCACUGACACUUCUUUUGUUUGAGUGUUUACCGCAUAUUAUAUAAAGGCUUUAACAUACAGCAUUGUGUGAAGCUUAAUUUGAAUGUAUUAUACUGCAUGGGUUAGGAGUUAUGGGUUUAAUUGGAUCAUGGGUUUAUUUGGAUAACCUGCACCGUGUUAUGAUUAUAGUGUGAUAGAGGCUACAGGAUGCCUCAGACACAUCUGGAACUUGUGUGCUUAAAUUGCUGUAUAAAUAUUAAGGACCAGGCUGCAUGUGUGGAAUGCUUACAAGUAGCCAAUACAUGUAGUGAUAAGUAAUAGCUUGCUAACUGGGUAAUAUUUGCUGCAGUUUGGGUGUAACUCUUGUAUUUCCUCUGUACGUAUAUAUUACGUCAUUUAUAAUAUAUAAGCUUUGUUCACUGAUGACUCGAGGCUCAGUGUAUUGUGGACAUUAGUAUGACAUUGGGACUUUGCAGCUGCAAAUAAAUAGUUUGUCUGUUUUUUCCAAUGACCUGUAUCCGGAGUGUUUCUGUGUUACCCGAUACUAAGAGAAUCGGCUACAAUAGGAAUGUGGGUAGAGCCUGGCUGAGAAUGGUUGUAGUUGCAAUGCACAGCAUGCGUACCCAUCCCACAUAUCUCCCGUGUAACAAGCUCCGACCAUGUAUUCAUUUACCAGUGCAUAUCAUUUAAAGUAACAAUUAAAAUGAUGCGCCAAUACACAGAAUUAUGGCCACGUUGUAACGAACCUCAUGUACUUCAAGUCGUACGUUUGUUCGCAAUCUCCCGAAAUCCCGCAAAGGUUGUGUGAAUUAUUGCUCUCAGUCGUUCGCAUACCCAUAUAGUCUCUGUGUCUAAGAGAUAAGUGAGUUUGCUUUGCCUAAACUAAUUAUCUCCCAGGCACUAGAGGUACAAUGCAUAAAAUAGAAAACACCUCAAAACAUACAUAAUAUUAAUGGGAACCCCCAUAAGCCUGAAUCCGAGGGCCCAAGUUGUCCGACUAGUGCUUGGUUACGUUCGGUGGAAGGAAAUCGCCAUCCGGGUAAAGUUUGGAUUGACCGCACACGUGGUGUCUGCCCAAAUUAGUUCCAUAAGAAAAGUGGUCAUGUUCGGUCAGCAUUUGGAAGUUUCUACACAAAAAUAAACAAAUGCUUUCCCUGGCUCGUAGGUAGUGAUUGUUCGCCUUGUUCAUGCAAACCUUUUCACCAAACAGCGCUCUCCUGGCUGAUGAUAACAGAAGCAGGCGGCAGAACAACGUUACUGAGGUUUCGCGAGUUACAGUACCUGUCUUGGAGUUCCAGACACUCGACGACCAAGUAACGCUGCCUACGUUCGGGAGACAAGAUUGCCUCUGUUUUCCAGAGCACCUGUCCUUCGGUUAGACGAAUGGUAGCCACCCAGAGAGAGAACUUAAAGAUAAUGAGCUAGGGGGUGGUCUAUGUUCGGUAGAUAGAAGUACCGAACCAAAGGGGAAACAACUUGGGCUUAGGGAAAAUAAAAGGGUUCCAGGGCAGUUUGUCACACACAUCAAUAACAAAUAGCUGGUUAAAGGAGAUCUGGUACAUCUUUGUUGCACAACUCCUAAAAAUUAACCCUGGCCGGUGUCCUAUUUUUCUGUUCCAUUUUUUUACUUACACCAUGUGCCAGGCUGUGCAGGCCAUAGUAUAAAAUAUAAAUUUAUUUAACACCUAUGGUGCUCUAAGUCCUGAAAAUGAAAAAUUUAAAAACAUAAAUGAAUCCCAAUAUGUGAGUUAAACAUAUAUACAUCUAGAAAAAUAUAUGAAAAAAAGGAGUAGAAGAAAUAUGUUUAAACAUAGAAUAAGUAUAAAAGACCCUUAAAGAAGCACUGAAAGCGCCACAGCUACAACUAUGCACUUAAAGCUCUACUGAGCUGUGCCAUGCUAACCACAGAUAAGAAGUCAAACCAUCCUAAAGUGGUUUGACUACUUCCGAUGAGCAGAUGCCAAGACGCUCCUGAUGCCAUAAUCACUACAAUGCACUGUAGUGGUUAUAGUGUUGAGUGGGCCCCAUACUGCCUGAUCUGGAGAGUGUGGCAGAGAGAGACACAGUGAGAGUCUGAAAGCAUUAUGCUCUGUUCCCACCUUCUGAAAACACAUUAAGAUAUUGGAGGCUGAGUAGUGAUGCGCAAGGGACAGCCAUGGGGCUCGGCCACACAACAAGAUAAUAGGGACAUGGCAAGAAACAUAUGGGGAGUGGGAGAGACACACAAGAGAGGCAUGUAUAGCGGCACACACAAGGAGUUCCUGUAGCCUAGGUCGGCAGUGGCUGUGACAUCACUUGGCCCAUGAUAAUUUUCUGCUCAGGAGGUAAUAAAAUGUUGGCUACAAGGACCAUAAGAGAGUCCAUGCCUUAGGGUGCAUAACUCAUUAUUGUAUAUAUUAUUCUUGCCUGACACCUGGAUAUAUUGUAGACACAUAAUAAUAUGGGUAAAAAGACUUAAGUACAUCAAGUUCAAAAGUUCUAACAUCUCCAUAUCUGUUGAUCCAAAAGAUGGAGAAAAACCUUUAAAUGGAUUUCCAGUUCAGCCCCACACAGGUAAACAAUUCAUCCAUGGCUCUAAAGAUCCGAUUUCUCCUCAGGUCACCAAGGUGUUAAUAACACGUAUAAUAACCAUUAUAGUCAUCAUAAAUCUGUUAAUAAAGAAUAAUGCUACAACAGUUUGCCAUACAAGAGACCUAAUCAUUCAUCCAGCCAGUUAUAAAAAUCAAAAACACCGGUAGAAAAGACACACGUAACACACUUCAAACUAGCAGGGAUGACUAAGUAGAUGAGCAAUUCUCAGAGUGAGGUUUAUAUCAAUGGCUGAUUGGAAGCUGGUCUCGGAGAAGAAGAGAUAAUGUUCACUGGUAAAAUAUGCGAUCUAUGUAGAGAUAAUGAGCAGGGAGAGGAGUGUUAUGUGCAGAACUGGUUAGUUAUUGCAAAGAUUGACAGGUGAGUUAAAAGGCUUGGAAUUGGAGGGGUUAAGAAUGUUGUCAAGUAAGGUGAUCUGUUUAAAUAUUCAAAUGCCAUUGGGAUAAUCAAUACAUUGCUAUACUGUGCAUUGCUCCUUGCUAAUAAAUGGGUUAAAGUACAUUUCUGGACGUAUCUGGCGUUGAAGUAUGACAUCAAUGUUUUAAUUCCUUAAUGUGCAAUAAUAUUUAUUAAAUAAAUUAGAUAUAUAAUUAUUUAUUAAAAUCUCACCUGGGUCAGGAUUCUGUAACUAUGAGUAGCUGGGUAUUGUGACUAAUGAGGAUUAAGAACUGGGUGUACAAUACAAAUUGGAAACAUUCAUCCUUAAACCCUGCUCUUGCCAGUAAUUCUCCUUCUAUUGACUUUGAUUCCUUUCGAUCUCUUCCUUUGACUCAGUGCACUUUCUAACCUCAACUAUUAAACCACAACUCUUUCACUAAAGUGAGAAUUCAAGGUGAAUUUCAAAUUUAAGGUCAAAGUAGUUUAACAGAAAGCAUAGCUGACUUGGAGAUUUUUUACAGUUCGGCUAUUUUGACCUUAAAUUUCCAAUUCCCUUGGAAUUCACUUUUAAUUCUCACUUUAGUGAACAGCCCUGAUUCUCAGGUAAGGGCCUGUUUGGCUGUAAACAACUGGCCCUCAAAUGGACAAGGUCUAUCCAAUGUGGCCAGGGCUUUUAGUCUGUAAACCCACCAUUAAUAUUUUUUUUGUAUGUUAUAUUGCAUUCUGUAAUUUCAUAUCAUGUUGACUGGUUAGUAUAACCCUGGUUGUACAGGACCGUUUUUUUAAAAGGUUUGUUUCAUUUGUGCCAAAUGAUUCAUUAAGUUAUAUAACCUUACUCCUGCUGCAUGGCUAUAAAUGGCGCUUUAGUUAAUGGCACGUCAAUACUGCAGUGUUCUAAUGAAUAUUGCACAUCUUCAGAAUUGGUAUUUGAUAUGUGCAAUUUCUAUGGCAACAUUUCAAAUGCCAGAUCUGUAUUACACUUCACCUUGCUGACGUCCUUUAUGUGUGAAGAAUUUGUCCUCUUUUUUUCUCAUUUAGAGGAAAGGGCAGAUUUCAGUCGAAUUUUUCACUUUUAGAGAUUAAAGUUUAAAAUGCUGCACAUACAAUGAUAUUAGCACUUGCGUGCAGGGGGCUAAUUACACCCUAGGAAGCUUGAAUGUACUCACCUUCUCUUCAUUUAUUUAGCCCGCGACGGUUCUCCGCCUCCCCGCUUUUCAUUUGCAACUCUUUUUUAUUUUAAUUUCCCACACCGGUCCAUGCCCCACUCCCUCCCCUCACAAGCUCACAAGCUCACGCAUGAGGAGGUAGCAACACUAUUUAAAUUCAUACCUCCCAAUCAGAAUGCCGGUGGGAGAAGGGGUAAAAUGUAUUGGCCAGUGACAGAUCUGCCCAGAAAGGGGACAGGAUUAACUGGCAGGUCAGCCUGGUUUAAAUGCACUCCAGGCUGCCUGUCAAAUCAAUAGGGAAGCCCACUGAGUUCAGAUGCAGGGAGCACUGUUUCAGUGAAAUCUGCAUGGUCCUAGUGCCCUGAACAUAAUGCGCGCACCUCUAAUGAUGCCCUCGAAAAAUUGAGACACCAACAGGGAACUUGGGCGGAAAAGAACCUGAAAAUUGGGACGGUCCCACCAAAAUCUGGAUAAUUGGGAGGUCUGGAAAUUGUUCACUAAUCAGUGAAAAUGAAAAAUUUAUUUUCAAAAUGUAAGCCAAAAUAGCUAAACUGGAGAAAUUCUCCAACUCAGUUAUCUGUCCAGCAUUGCUAAUUUGGCACACCAUUUGCAAUUCCGUUAUCAAUAUCCCUCAAUCCUCUGUUUCAUGAAGAAACCUCUGUGUGUAUUUGUAUGUCUGUUUGUAUACCAUGCAGGCUUUUUGCUUGUGUGUAUACAAUCAGUGUGAGUGAUUAAUUGCAGGGCACUUUGUGAAUAGCGUGAGGGUUUGUAAAUGCAAAAAGCUAAUUAACAAUUUGCAAGCGUGCUUUGUGCUGCACACAUUUGUUCUUUGUGAGUAAUCCACGUACUAUACUUUGUAUAUGGUUCAAAUACAAAGAGCAGAGAUGUUUAAGUGGACGUCGAAUGCAUCUGGCCGACUAGUGCAGAUUAGAUCUGGUUGGCGAAAUUCAGACCAGAAUUAGCUUUAGUAAAGUUAACAACAGCCAUUCUGGUCAGAAUGACAAAAUCCAGUGUUUAGUUUAGUAAAUAACCUUGCCUACUAGUCCUCCCACCACUGUUCUGCAUCUACAUCUCGUCUGUUACACUCCACAUCUGUCCACUUGUAUAUCUCUACAUCUCUCAUCGAAAUAUUUAUCUCCCAUUUCUCACAUGGGACUCCCUCAAUUCUCCCCAUAGCUUUCCCUUCACAGCUUUCCUAUUCCUCUCACCAUCUCUUUCCUAAUUAUUCUCCACAUAUCUCUCCUUAUAUUCUCUAAAUGUCUAAUUAUGUCUCUCCCCAUUUCUCUUCAUGUUUCCGCCAUUUCAAUUCAUAUAUCUCUUCCCCUCUUUCACUCUCAUUUUAAGUGCCACCUGUCUCAGCGUUAACAUAUAGCACAGCUGAGCAGGAUGUGGUUAUGGUUUUGUGCAUUCCCUCGCAGGGCUGUUCUGCGGCAGCGCUGUCCUGUAUGUGGGUAACGCCACACCAUCCCUUGUGCAGCAUCUGUGCCAGAAAAGCCUGCAAGGGAGUGCAGGUAAGUCCUCAGACCGCAUGAAUCUCACGCCACAUAUUAAAGUAAUAAUAAAACUUUUCGUACGGCAUGGAGAGACUACAAUUUUGACCGGUGCUGGCUACUUAAUUUACACCAUAGAUUAAAGAAAGAGUGCUCAACAGAUUCGGGAGAUCUCUGAUCUCCCAGUCAGCCCAUCUUACUCUGUCUCCCGGCCAAGAACAUUUUGUUGUAUGUGCUGGCUGAGAAAUGUAACUUAUUGAUGCCUGACAGGGGGUGGGUAUCUGACCCAUGUCAUGCCCCCCCAUAGAAAUAUCUGUCCACCUCAUCCCGCCCAUGCUAAAUGUCUGUACUUGAGCUGGGUGUGAUUGUAAGUCUUCCUCUUAAAUGUAAAAAAAACACCUUACUUGUUAUUUUUAUACUUUCUUUAUCUGCUUUGUAUGUCAUUUGGGAGUAUGCUCAUUUGAGAGAGUGAUAUAAAUAGCAUCUUAAUCCAUUAUACCUCAUUAGCAUAGCUUUGGACCAACAACAAGUACUUGUUUAUUAUAGUUCUAUCACUACCAUUACGCAAUCUCCAUACUGGCACCAAUUUUUGCGUAAUAUAAAGUUACCAUUACUGUUUGCCUUGUUCUGCUUCAUAUUAUUUCCCACUUUACUGUAAGCUCACAUGGAUCAAAAUGUCUAAUUAUAAAUCUGAUUAGGGUGUAUUAGUUAUACAUAAUUAAUAAUACAUUUAAUAAUACAUAAACACCACCAAUAACAAUACUACAUCACAUGAUAAAUGCAUCAGGACAUUUGGCAAUAGCAUGAGUGGAAACACGUUUCACACCACAGUAGACUAAGCUGUAAAUGUAAAGGCUCGAAUGUAGAGCACAAACACACCUUAUCUAACUGGAAGAAUGUGUUGAAGUUAAAUGGAAGUGUCUCUGUCUUAUUUAAUACAUUACACAGUCUGUAAUUCUGCGUGUUACAAUCUGGAUCAGAUAACUGUGCUGCUCUUCAACUUUGCACUGGUGAAGGACCCAGCAAACCUUGUCAAAAAGGAAGAAGACAAACACAAACAAAGCACAAAUCAAAAAUGACUCACAACAAACUCCCCUAAAAACCCUGCCAUCCAAAUAGAAGUCAGAAAAUUUCAAACUUUCUUAAAGACCCCCGAAAAGCCAAACCCAACUACUGUGGGCAACAGUCAUGCUACCCCUUCCCAAGUGUCUAGGGGGAAUCCUUUCUUUGAGAGGAAGGCCAGACACCAUCAAGCUAGGAUUCUCAUUUGCUGUGGCAGUAUUAAUGUAUAAAGGCCGGCUUCAGAUAGACAAAUUAAAGAUAUAAAUGGUGCUUGUGAAUUCAGCAGCGUAUGCAUAGGUUACAAAAUCUACUUACCUGAAACAUUUUAUGGCACUCCUCAAAGUUGACAGGUGCACAACCAAUGUACAUUUAGCUAACACAAUGAAAAGAUAUAUAUUUUUAUAGAAUAAAGGAUAUUUGCAACACAGGAUCACUUUAAAUUCACCCUGCAUUUAAAGAUAUCUCCCACGGUGCUUACAUAGUGAAAAUAGUAUGUACUAUACAAAGUAGAUACACUUUUUACAGUUUAUGCCUGCAUUCUACCAUUUGUAUAUAUUUUUUUUUCUGUUAAAUGAACACUAAAAAGCAGGCAGGAUUUCACCCCCUUAUUAAGUGCUAUAAUGUGACUGAGAACGCACAGCCAAUUCUAGUCUUUCCCGUGUUAUUGUUAAAGUUCUGUAAACGGUAAGGGUUAUACGAUGCAUGCCAUAGCAUAAUAAGUAAAAAUACUGUUGUAUGGAAGAUUACUGGUAUUGAAUAGCUAGCGAUAGAAAUGCAAGUUUAAAGCAAACAAUACGGAAAACCUUUUAAAAACACUACUCUGUGGAUUUUUAAAUUUCUACCUGAAGCCAAGCCUAUAAACCAAGAGUCCCUACUCCUCCCCAAUAUGGGCCCAGUAGUGGUUCUCUCCACACCAUUAUUUUAUGUUUCCAUCAAAACCAUAUCUGAUUGGAUCACACUCACAACCGUGUAUCCUUCUUUCUGUACCACUUUGUAAUGAUACAGAUAUUAUAUUCCUAUACUGAAAACUAUAAGAUACUCAAAAUAACUAGUACCUGAGUAUCCACUGGAAUAAUGAAUAAUAAUGAUUCUAUACAAAGUGAGAUAUAGAGAUAUAUAUAAUGAGAAAAUACAAUAAUAGAAAAAUGGGUCAGGUGAAAGUAGAAAAUAACUGCCUAAUGGCAAAAAACUCCCUUCCUAAUGUCUCUAAAAGUAGAUACUGCAGUACACAGGUUUAGACUUUAAUAUAUAAUGCUUCAUAGGUCAAUAUCUGUGACUGCAGGCUAGUAUCAAUACAUCCAAAGAAUAUAUAAGAGACAUUAAGGACUUGCUUUUACCUAGUAAGUCUCAAGCUGUGGCAUUGUAUAAGAUAUAAUACUAAAUUGCUUGCAUAUUGGAACAUUAGAGGCUGAGUAAGCAGAAAAGUAUAAAUAGAUACUAUAUGUUGGAUCUAUUGAAAAUAAGUCAAUCAGUAAAUUGUAUCAGAAAAGUAUCUAUAAUGUUAACUGCCAUGUACUCAAUUGCUAGCAUAUUGGGACAUAAGUAACUGAAUAAGCAGAAGAGUAUAAAUAGAUACUAUAUAUUGGAUAUAAAAUAAUCCAAAAAAUAAAAUGUAUUAAGAGUAGUAUCUAUCAUAAUAACUGCCACAUAUAAACUAAGUCCAAAAUUAUUGAAUAGACAAAAUAUAUCCACAAAUGGAUCUGUUAUAUAAUAUGCCACAUAUUAGGAGGUAUAAAGCAUAAGAGAGAGAUAAAGUGAAUAGUGAAAAAACAGUGUGCUAAAUGUGCAGAGCCAUGCUUAGAAUGCUGGCUGCCUGCACAUGGUGACAGAGUGCCCUAUAAGUGAAAAAGAUGAGGUGCUCUUGUGAUGCGCGUUUCGGUGCUCUUGUGAAGCACCUUCGUCAGGGGUUAUCUUCCUAUACUGUACUGUUUCACACAUUUCUCUAACCCUGUUCUGAACUAUCUAAAGUUUUAUAAAUAUUAGCAAUUCAUGUUUAUGAAAGAAACUGCUGGACUUUCACUUGUUUGACUCCAACAUUGAAUCAUAAAUGUUAUGAUAUUGGCUUAAUAAAAAGGGAAAGGAAUGUUUUGCUGCUGCUGCCUGUUUAUGAAAGACGAGAAAGUUUUGCUACCACAAGGUGCAUCGAUUAUCUUCAAUAGUCAUAUUCUAAUGUGUGAAGCCAUAGGAAUGCAGACAGUCGACAUAUUUUGUCCAUACUGGUUGAUCUGGGUUGUGUUUGCAGUAAGUGCUAAGCCAAAAGCAGAAAUGUCCUAAAGGUGAGGUGUUUCUGAAAAAUGUUCCUGUAGAGUAAACAUAUAAAGGAAUGCACUGACUGCACUACUUAAUUUAUAGACACUUCGGGGAUGGCGAAAACAUCCGAACAAUGCAGGCUUCAUAGUGGAUCUGUCAUUGACAGAUGGCCAAUGUAGCUUAUAAUCAUUUGGAGAAUCAGGUCCAAUAUGAUCACAGCUGAUGCUCUCAGCCAAUGUGCUUAGUCCUGCAUUGCAUUGCUUUAGGAACUUCCAACUCUCCCUCGUUAGUAAUGGAGGAGGGGAGUAGUGCCUGCCUGGCUCCAGGUAAAAAGUCAAACCAUACAGAAAUGGUUUGACUACUUACAAAGAGGGGACUGGGGACUCCUAAGACCAUAGCCACUACAGAGAUAUGUAGUGGUUAUGGUGCUUGGAAUGUUCCUUGGGAAAUUCUAAGCAGAAGAAACUUAUAAAGUCUUUGGAGAUGUGUUAGUCAGCAUUCUGAAAAACUAUUCGGCUAAACAUGACAGUGUGCUCGAUUUAUUCUAUCCAUGCCAUCUCAUAGUUUGUUUGACCUUGAUAUAUAAAACAACAAACCCCAAAACAGUAAACACCGCUGAUUAUAUGGUUCAAACAUUAUCAGUCCAGACCUCAUGGUUGUGGUGGGACUUCUCUUACAAAUAGAAUUGUUACUUAAUAAUAUCUAUACCCAAAGACAUGCUUGAAAUCAGAGAUGAUCUACACUAAAUAUUAAAUUGCUUUAUAUAUUAGCAUUUUACUUGCCUGAGGGACUAAAAACAAACUGUUAACUGAUUUACUAUAGCCAUUUUUGAUGGACAAAAUACACUAUGCAUUACCAUUAAGAGAUUUUUUUUUUUGCAGGAAUGUAUGGAAAUAUCCAUUGAUAGCAUGAAACUCUGAACCUGCAGUCAACAUGGUAAGUGUUCCAAACAAAUAACGUUCUGGGGUAUGAGUUCGUAAUCAGUGGAAACACUAUGGCCAUAUUUACUAGAGUGAUUUUGGUGCAAAGUGUUAAAUUGAAAGAGUUUAUAUGAAAUGUUAAAAGGACACUAUAGUCACCCAGACUACUUCAUCUAAUCAAAGCGGUCUAGGUGCAGUCUCCCUGUCCCACCUGGUCCUGCGAUGUAUAUCAUUGUAGUUUUUGAGAAACUCCAAUAAUUAACUUGCAGGACUAACACUGCUUCUAGAGGCUCUGCAUGACAACAUCCUUCAUCGUUGAAAUCAUCAUAGGAAAGCAUUGAAGCAAUGCUUUCUUAUGGGGAGGGCCCAAUGCGCUCACGGCACUCUCCGUGCAUACGCAUUAGCCCCCCCUGUUGGAUAACGUCAGAGUGCCCACCCAGCGCCGAGGGACAUCGGUGCUGGUAGCGGGUACAUGACUAAUGCUUUUUUUACCCUCUAGCUGCUGGAGCUGGGGUGCAAAGGAGUGGGGGGACUAAACGGCACUAUCGUGUUAGAAAUACUGAUUUUUAUUCCUAACACUAUAUUAUUUUUAUUUUUUUAUUAUUUAUAUAAAGCCAGCAAAUUCCAAAGCGCUGUACAAUGGGUAUCUCUUUAAGUCUCAGUUUCCAUAGAGUACUCACAGUACGCAACAUUGGAAGCUGUCUCUAUGCUGCUUCUUGACAUCAUAUCUCCCUUUGCAUCCAAAUCCCAGUGAUGGCCAAAGGUCAAUCCAAACAAGUUCACUUGGCAAAGCAGAAUGAUAAUUGUGCAGUAACUGCUGUCAGUAAGAGACAACUUGGCCCAAUCUGAAUCACUUUAUUGUGUGUUUUUCUUAUCCUAUAGUGUGUUCAUUAUCCUAAUUCUUUUUUUUUUUGUAUAAUUCUUUUUCUGACCCAGCUUGGCAUAUCAAUUAUUCUAUUAUGCUAUUGUCAAUAGACCUGUCUUUGUCUUACACUAACCUUCGAUUUAACUUGUCUAACCAAUCUGUGUACCACUUUCCUUGACUUUGGAUAUUUCAGAUUGUUGCCUUCCAAAGCCUUUUGUGUUAAAACUGACUUUUAUACCAGUGACCAAGCUGGCAUUAAUUUACAAAAUGUUAAAAUCUCACUCAUGUUAUUUUAGAGUUUUAAUUUGGAUGAAGGCAAUAAGUUAGUCCUUAGUGGACGUUCUAAGAGCAUUUCUGAUCUGCUGGAACUGGAUGAUGACAAUGGCAAGGUGGUCGUUGCUGGCAUAAAUGAACAUGAAUCAGUUAGCAAUAAUUUGGGACUGAAAGAAGGUAUGUUUUCACACAGUUUCGAUAAUAUAAGCAUGUUUUUAAUCUCCUUUAACCCCUUAAGGACCAAACAUCUGGAAUAAAAGGGAAUCAUGACAUGUCACACAUGUAUGUGUCCUUAAGGGGUUAAUAAGGCAUCUCCUGGUCAUAUGUAAGGGAUUUUGUUGAGGAGGUGGGGAAUUUAAUUGGACCAAAGGGUUGACUUCUUGUCUAUCUGUUAUUAGGGUAGAGAACUUAGACACCCUAACGCACAUUAUAUUUAUUAAUUCUAUGACACUCUUCCCCACUUCCCUGGAUGUAGAAGAAAAGGUAUGGUCCACUCUCAAGGCCCCUGACCAGUUAUGGUAUUAUUCUCCAUGUCAACUACACUUGAUUUGGAGGUAAAACGGGAGUAAUUUGUCAGACCUCUGUUGCUUAAAAAUAGAGUUUGAGAUAUUUAAUAUUUAAUAUUUUUAUUAAAGAAAGUUUGAGAAAAUUGACUGUAGAUCUCUUCUUACAUGCAAGUCUUACCGAUAGCAAUAUGUAUCUUUUUUUUCCCUGCAUGGCUGUGGUUUUGCGUUGGUCAAUAGCAAAGAAGUACCAUUUGUCAUUGUUGCACAUAGACCAGGGGAACUGAUUCUCUGAAAGAGAUGACACACACUCAGAGGCAACAUUUUAUCCAACUACAAGUAAAUUGACUUGUAUGUGUAUCAGGUAGGCAUUCUGCUCACUAAAAUGAAAUCAAUAAAAGUUAAAGGAACACUAUAGGAUCAGGACCACAAACAUGUAUUCCUGACACUAUUGUGUUAAAACCACCAUUUAGGUGUCUUGUCCCCCCUUACACCUUCUUAGAAAGGGUUUAAACUAACCUUUUUUCCAGCGCUGGCCUUGCCCCGAUCUGCCUCUUUGGCUCAUAAUAAUUAAUUAUUUUAGCCAAUCCAAUGCUUUCCCUAUUGGCUAAAAUAAUGAAUUAUUAUGAGCCAAAGGGGAAGCAUUGGAUUGGAUCAGAUCACCAAAGAGGUGGGGUGGGACGGGGCCAAACACUGGCCUGGCUAAUCAGCAUCUCCUCAUAGAGAUACAUUGAUCAAUGCAUUUCUAUGAGGAAAGUUCAGCGUCUUCAUGCAUAGCUUGGAGAUGCUGAAUGUAAGUGCUGCACACUGUGCUGCACUGGACUAGGAAGCACCUCCAGUGGCCAUAUGAGAAGUGGCCACUGGAGGUGUCCAUAGGCUGUAAUGUAAAAAGACAGUGUUUGCAUGAAAAUGCCUGUAGGGACUGACUAUAUGCACCAGAACAACUACAAUGAGAUGUAGUUGUUCUGGUGACUACAGUGUCACUUUAAGAUGAAAAAAAAAACACAAUAUACUAAAUGUCAUGAGAAACUAUAGAGGUUAUGGAAAGGAAUGGAUACAAAAUACUAAAUGAUAUCUCAAUUUCAAACUCUGCCAUGGCAGAGAUUAUGUUGCAAAAACUCAUUUUGCACCUUUGUUCUAAAGGGGCUCUAUCCUUAAAAGAUUAUUAAUCUUUUAACAUUAUAUCAUAGCAUUUUAAGACUACAGUAUUUUUUUAUUACCUUUUUUUUUUUUUUGUAUGUGUUUGUUUUGAAGAGUGAGAUUUCUAUUGAUAACCCAGGAUCUAUCUGAAUACUGAUUGCUGGUAAAAUGUUGAAGUGACAAUCUAAGCACAGCAACGUUUUCGGUACAGAGGUUAUGGUUCUAGAGUCUCCCUCUUACAGUCUCACAGCCCCUAGACCAGGGAAGUCAGUGUAAGAAAUUUAAUGACCAUCACACCUGCACAACAUGGAUGCGUAUCUCUCCUACCAUCUUUGGAUAUGGGGUAUGUCCAAGUCUAUCCAGUUUGCCAGCAAAAACAUAAGUUAUAUUUCUGAAGUAUUCAGAGAACUGAAUGUUAAUGUUAAAUAAGUCUGUUUAUUUUUAUUGUAAGACCUUGUUACAGUGCUUGCAGACAUUGUCCUUCAUUCAUAAAAGGAUGGUAGUGCUUGAAUCUGUCUCUACUUGUGAAAUUGUUUGACCAACAAAAGCAUGCACUAUGAUGAGAAAAAAUAAUAAUAUAUAUAUAUAUGUAUGUUUUUCAGGAGAUGCUCUCCUUGGAGCCACCAUUUAUUUUGAAAACAUGAAGAAAGAAGAGGUCAUGGAUAUUUUGAAAAAAGCAGAGCCAUACAAAGGUGGAUUUCAACUACAUGUAAAAAAUGAGCCUAUGGUGCCUCAGACUGGUAUAUAUGCUCUUAAAACAGAUCAUGUGGUGAGUGUUUCUGUCUUUGCCAUGUUUGACUAAAGUAUAUGAUUUAACUGGUUUCAUAAUAUUUUGUCUUGCUUUGUCUAUUUAGGGUACAAGAGCUUCAGUAUAUGAUGACAUCUUUAAAAAUAAGGUUCGCCGAUACCUUAAAGGGUCAACUUCCUUGCAAGAUGUAUCCAAACCGGACAAAAAUAAUUUGCAAUUUAAAUCUAACACCUUGCAGGGCCCACAAAUUGAUUUGUCUGGUAUUCCUACUCCAGAUUUACAAAUAAGCACUAAAGAUCCUUCUUUCAAGUUACAAACACAGCUGAAAACCCCUGACAUUGACACCAACAUAACUCCUAAGGUGCAAGGAAAGAUCAGCUUACCUGCAACUAAAGCAGAGGUUGAUGGUAAGCUAAACACUCCAGAUGUGCAACUCUCUAUGCCAUCCAUACCAAGUCAUGUUGUAAGUCCAGAUAUGAAUAUAUCGCAACCAAAUGUGAAAAGUUCUAAAUUUAAGAUGCCAUCACUUAAUUUUUUCCCGUCCAAGAAGACUGGUGAUUAUAAAGUAGCAGGGACAAAUAGUGGACCACAAGUGCAAGCUGAUCUUCCUAAUGUAAAAAGUCCAGAACUUAGUGUUGACAUUCCUAAAACAGACAUAAAUCUAAAAACAAAGGCUCCAGGUAUACAGGUUGAUUUUUCAAAACCUGAUGUGCAAAUCCCAAAUCUAAAAGGACCAGAAUUGAAUGUUAAUCUACCCAAAGCUGAUUUGAAAACACCAAACCUGAAAGGACCAGAAGUGAAUCUUACCAAAGCUGACUUGCAAAUGCCAAAACUUAAAGGACCAGAAAUCAAUCUGGACCUUCCCAAAGUUGAUUUGAAAACCCCAAAUUUUAAAGGACCAGGAGUGAAUGUUGGUCUUCCCAAGGCUGAUCUAAAAAUGCCAAAACUGAAAGGACCAGAAGUGAAUUUGGAUCUUCCCAAGGCUGAUCUAAAAAUGCCAAAACUGAAAGGACCAGAAGUGAAUUUGGAUCUUCCCAAGGCUGAUCUAAAAAUGCCAAAACUGAAAGGACCAGAAGUGAAUUUGGAUCUUCCCAAGGCUGAUCUACAAAUGCCAAAACUGAAAGGACCAGAAGUGAAUUUGGAUCUUCCAAAGGCUGAUUUGCAAAUGCCAAAACUGAAAGGACCAGAAGUGAAUUUGGAUCUUCCCAAGGCUGAUCUACAAAUGCCAAAACUGAAAGGACCAGAAGUGAAUUUGGAUCUUCCAAAGGCUGAUUUGCAAAUGCCAAAACUGAAAGGACCAGAAGUGAAUUUGGAUCUUCCCAAGGCUGAUCUACAAAUGCCAAAACUGAAAGGACCAGAAGUGAAUUUGGAUCUUCCAAAGGCUGAUUUGCAAAUGCCAAAACUGAAAGGACCAGAAGUGAAUUUGGAUCUUCCCAAGGCUGAUCUACAAAUGCCAAAACUGAAAGGACCAGAAGUGAAUUUGGAUCUUCCAAAGGCUGAUUUGCAAAUGCCAAAACUGAAAGGACCAGAAGUGAAUAUGGAUCUUCCCAAAGCUGAUUUACAAAAGCCAAAACUGAAAGUGCCAGAGAUGAAUUUGAAUCUUCCAAAAGUUGAUUUGAAAGCACCAAAGCUAAAAGGACCAACACUUAAUGUUAGCCUACCCAAAGCUGAUUUGCAGUUGCCAAAAGUGAAAACACCAGAACUGAAUGUAGGUCUUCCUAAAGCCGAUAUACAAAUCCCAAAACUGAAAGCUCCCGAAGUGGAUGUUGAUCUUCCCAAGGCAGACAUUAAACUUCCAAAUUUCAAAACUCCACAUAUUGGUGUCCCAAAUGUCAAUUUGCAAUCACCAAACUUAAAAGGUCCAAAUAUCAGUGUUGAUGUUCCAAAGGCAAAUCUGGAAUUACCAAAAGGAAAUGUGCCAGAAGUGAAUAUAGAUCUGCCCAAAGCAGAUUUAAAUGUUCAAAAACUGAAGGGGUUUGGAGUGAAUGUUCUUCCAAAGGGAGAUAUAAAACUUCCAAAGCUAAAUGGUACAGAUGCAAACUUUGAUCUUCCUAAAUUUGAUGUAAAGGUUCCCAAAAUUAAGGGACCAGAAGUAAAAGUUGAUCUUCCAAAAGCUGACAUAGGCAUCCCAGAAUUAACAGGUCCAGAAGCAAGUGUUGAUCUUCCAAAUAUAGAUAUAAAUGUUCCAAAACUAAAAAGUCCUAAAUUAAAUGUUGAUUUUCCCAAUGCAGAUUUAAAUGCUCCACAAUUGAAAGCUCCAGGAGUUCAUCUUCCAAAAUCUGAUUUUAAAAUUCCAAAUGUGGAAGGCCCUGAUGUUAACCUUGAUGUUACAAAACCAGACAUGAAAGGAAAAUUUAAAAUGCCCACCUUUAAUUUAUUUGGUUCCAAAAAGAUACCUGAUGUUGAAUUAGAUUUUAAACCUCCAAAAUUAAGGAGUGAUGCUAAUCUAUCAAUCCCUGAUGUGGAUUUAAAGACCACUGACCUAAAUAUUAAAACCCCAGAGCCUAAGUUCAAUGGGCCCAAAUUGAAAUUACCAUCAUUUGGGGCACCAAAGGUAGAAGCUAGUGGUGGCAUUCCAAGUGUAGAUGGAAAUUUAGAAGGGCCAAGUCUAGAUAUUAAUACUCCCAAUGUGAACUUGUCAGCACCUAAAAUGAAGGGGGGAUUAAAUGUUCCUGAAGCAAAUAUAGAUAUUCCAGAAGCUGAUUUAAAAGGUCGAAAAUUUAAAAUGCCUUCUUUAAACUUUAAAAGUUCUGAGCAAAAAAUAAAUACUCCAACGAUUAAACUGCCUUCGUUGCAAAUGUCAAAUCCAAGUGUUAAAACUCCAGAUGUAAAUGUAAAUGCCCCAGAUGUAGACAUCAAUGCACCCCAAAUAAAAGUUCCAAAUAUACAUGCUCCAAAACUGAAUAUGCCUUCAUUUUCAAAACCUUCUUUUCAAAUGCCUGUUCCAAAGUUAAGAACACCUGAAUUAAAAGUAGAUGGCCAAUUAAAGACUCCUGAAGUGGAUAUGAAUGUACCCCAAAUAAAUAUAAAAGGUUCAGAACAAAAAAUAAAUCCACCUCAAGUUACAGUGCCCUCAGUUGACCUACCAAGUCCACAUAUUUCUGGCCCCAACAUAAAUGUCAGUGGAAAAAUUAACAAACCAGUUGUAGAUAUGGCUUUGCCUCAUGGCACAGUCAGAAUUCCAGAUAUGCCACAAGCUCAUUUAAAAGAGCCAAAAUUUAAGAUGCCAAAUUUGCGCCUUUUUCCAGGGAAAUUUAAUGUACCAGACUUCCCGGAUGUUGAAAUUGGUGGAUUAGAUCCUGUGAAGUUUGAUAAGCCUACCCCUCCCAAUUUACAUGGAAGUCUCACAUUGCCCAAUAUGAAUGUCAGUUCUCCAAAUGUCGGUCUUAAAAGUCAAGAAAAAAAGGCAACUUUGCCAAAGUUUAAGUUUCCUGGCUUUGGAAAAUCUCGAACACCGUCAACAGACUAUAAUGCUAAAAUCAAAAUACCUGAUGCCUCACUGCCAAAAGCAAAUGUAGAGAUGGAAGGUCCAUCAUUCAAUGAUAACUCAGCUAGCAUUAAAACAAGAGGUGCCACAUUCAAUGUUCCUGAUGCUGAUUUAAAAGUGAGGGCCCCAGAACUAGAAAGUGGCUUACAAGCACCUAAUGUUCAAGUUAAAGCACCCAAGAUUACUAUGGAAAGUUCAGAUGGCACCUUAUCAUUACCCACAUUUCCAACCUCCUCUGUGAAAAUGCCAAGCCCUAGUGUUGACUUACCAGAUGGCCAAAUGAAAAUGAGAGAUACACCUGUGCAAAUAAAAAGCCCUUCUUUUAACAUAGAUCCACCUCCUGCCAAUAUAAUUGCCCCUAAAAUAAAUGUGGACAUGCCCUCUGCCAACAUUAAACCUCUGAAAAUUAAAACUCCUGUGCUUCCAGUGAAUGAUUUAGAUGUACAAAUUCCCCAAGUAAAAGGCAAUCUGAAUUUUUCUGCUCCAAAACUGGAAACUAAUGGAUUAAACGAUCUAGACAUUGAUGACAAAAUUCCAUCCGCAAGUUUUAAUGUUCCAGAAUGGAAGAAACCAUUUUCAGGCCAUACAGAGGUGCCAGCUAUAGAUAUUAAUAUGCCUCAAAUUAGAGGUAACAAAGAUGGCGUAUGCCAACAUUGCCACAUGCCUGUGAAUGCCUACUUGCCACAUGGACAAUUGAAUUCUCCAGACUGGAAAAUACCUUUUACUGGCCAAACAGAAGAAAAUGGGGAAGAUAUAAAUAGUCAGUUUAAGGUACCUAGUGCAAAUGUGGAAAUAGAUUCACCCAAAACGAGCUUUGGUCCACUCUCAAAGCUUCCCUUUAAAUUUCCUGAAUCCAACUUCUCUUUGCCCGACGUUGACUUUGACUUAUCAGGUCCAAGAAUAAAAACAUCGUAAAUUCCCACUUUCUAAAUUUACUCUGCUACCUUCAGUUCCAUUAUGGACAAACUGCAUAAGAACACCUAUUGCAAACAACAACAAAAAAGAACAAAAAUCAAAUGGUUGUUAUUAAUUCUUUAGACAAGAAUUUUCACAACAUCACAGUAACAAAGAGUUGAUACAUAUGUUUGGAGGACUUUUAAUGAGGAUAAUGUUUUCAUUGAUUGAAAUUUCCUGUUUCUGUGAUUAAUCUGGUAAGUGGGUAUUACAGGGUUAUAGUCAAUAAUGUUUAGUAAAACAUAUAUGCUGUUUUAUGUUACAUAAGAGCAAGUAUCAAAAUAUAUGUGUAUGUGUGCUUAAUUAUGCUCAACCCUUUGACUGUGGCUGCACAUUGCACAGACGUUCACUUAUAUCCUAGACUUAAGAUAAGGCCAGGGACUAAUGAAAGUAUUUAGAAAAUUGGGCAGACUAGAUGGGCCGAAUGGUUCUUAUCUGCUGUCACAUUCUAUGUUUCUAUGUUAAAAAUUCUCUAUAUGAAGCAAAUAAUGUCUGUUUUGCUGAAUUCUGCCUAUUCCUGCAAACAAAAAUGUUGUUGUGUAGAACUUUUUUUUGUGCAACACUGUUAUUAUAAUUGCAAGCAUUAUGCCGAAGACUUUUUUCGAGAGAGAAACCAAUCACUUCACUCGUUCUUGUUCAUACUUAAAGAGUGAUGAAUUGCUUGCAAAUUUCCAUAAAGUCUUGUUCAAUCAGUAUGGUUUUUAUAUUUUCAUUAGACAAGCAGCUUGUGGUGGAGAAAUGAAUAAUAAUAAAAAAAAAAAGGUGAUCACUCUUGCGGAUCUUUUUUUUUUUAACAAACCAAUACAUUUUUAUUAUAAUGUUUUGGAACAUAUAUAUUUAUAUAUAUAUAUAUAUAUAUAUAUACACGCACACAAGAUAGCAUGAACUCACAGGACUUUUCUAAUUCAUAGUUGAAAGUGCUUCUUUAUUUAUAGAGUGCAUGACUUCAAGAUCAACUUUUCAGUACUUUGUUCCGAAUUUUAAACCAUGAAUUAAGCAGUCCUGUCAGUGCAUACUGGCUUGUGAAUGUAUUUAUGCAUGAAUUGCAGCACUGGAGCGCCCAAGCAGGGACAUUUACAGUAAGAGUGCAAGGCACUUGCAGAAAUAUAUGUAUUAUAAUUAUUAUGUUAUGUAUGUAGGAUUAUAUUGAUAAACACCAAUUAGUUCAAAAGGUACUCUUUGAAUAAUUUGCUAUGCUAUUACUCUCAACAAGCAUCUCAGGCAUUCGUAUCAGUACUGAAUAAAACCUAUUCAAUUUAUAUUCUAGUACGUUACCCAUCAAAUACCACUGCUAUACCAGUGCUACAAAAAAAGUUGACCCAAACAACUAUUUCUCUCUAGACCAGAGUUAGCAUCCAUUGGUCCUGUUACUAUGGACAUUCUUGAACAGAGAUGCACCAAUCCCUGAAAAGAUUGUGUCUGUGUUUGGCACAUCUGUAUGAUCGAUGUGCAUUAUUCAUUAUACAGGCCUUGUUGGCGCAACAAGAGGAUUUUGGUAAAACUUAGUUAACUCUGGGUAGAUCAAGAAAGAUUAAAAAAAAUGAAUGCAAAUGUACCUUUCUGACUUGAUAUUUUAGUGAUGAAAGAAGGAAUCUAAUAUUACAAAACACUGUUCUAACCUAGAUAUUAGAUCACAAACAUUUAAACAUACCUCCUGUGUCAUAAAAUGUGGAAAUAAAACAGUCUUGAGUAUGUUUUAUACCAUUACCUUUUACUUUUAAGGCAGUUGUAUUCUCUGUAUAUGUGAGUUUAUUCAUUUAUGUAUAGCGUUUGUUAUGUAUUAUAAUUUACCAAACUUUACCCCAUUCUGGGAAUUCUGUACUUUAUUAUUUAACAAAAGGUCCUACAAUGAUAGCUGUUAUGUUAUGCUAUAACAAAUAAAUUAAUUACUUUCAAUAAA